UUUUUACGCGGAUGUGGAAAACAUCUUGAGUGCGCACGUCGACCCCUGUGCUGUGGAACCAAGUGCAUGUUGGUUACAAAAUGGAGAAGAAAAAGACAGAAGAAGUGCCCUUUUUGCCAAAAGGUUGGAGGAGGGAGGAGGUGAUAAGAAAAUCCGGUCUUUCUGCUGGAAAAACAGAUGUUUAUUAUCACAGCCCGUGUGGCCGGAAGUUCCGUAGCAAGCCCCAACUCGCAAGGUUCCUCGGCGACGCCAUCGAUUUGACCUCCUUUGAUUUCCGGACGGGCAAGCUUCUGACGUCGGGAGUUCGAAAGAGUAAACGACUGAAGAACAUCCAUUAUGAUUACAACAAAGGUACGCGACACGACAUCAGCUUGGUCCUGCCUAUCCGACAGACAGCGUCUAUCUUCAAGCAGCCUGUUACGUUGAAGACCAAUCAUGCAGCCAAUCGCAUCAAGGCAGACCCCAAACAGGACACCAAGGAAACACCAAGACAGCUUUUCUGGGAGAAGCGACUGCAAGGGAUGCAUGCAUGCGACAUCGAAGAGGAAAUCCUACAGUCCAUGGAGCUUCCUGAAGGGCUCUUUGCUGUUGGCCCAGACAUGAAGGAAGAAAGUCUUGUACAGAGUAUUGCGUCCAGCCUUCAUCUCAGCACUCAACCAAUCAUGGGACAGACUGGAUCACAGAAUCAGAUUGAGAAGAACCCAGGGGUGUACCUGAACACUGAGCAGCCUCCUUGCAUGAAGUUCCUGGUGACAGAGGGAGACAUCAGGAAGCAAGAGGAGCGGGUGCGAGAGAUCAGGCAGAGACUGCGCAAGGUGCUAGAGGGUGACCUCAAACAGAUACAAGCUGAGUUGGAGGAAUCAGAAGAGGAGGAGGGUUCAGAGUGAUCAAACCCCGCCCACAACAGGAAAACCAUCAAUCAAUCAACCUGUAGCUCCGCCCAGUGUCAUUCGUACACUAGUUCACCAAAGCUCUGUGCACCAGACUUUGAAUAUGUAUGCAUUGACCUGUGUGACUCCGCCAACUUGUUCCCUGGCAGUUGUUCUACACCAGACUGGAUGGUGUACGCUGUUUACAGACAUUGAAUAUUUUUUGUUCAGCCAAGUGUAUGGCUCUACCUACUGGCUAUUAAGCAGCUGCCCCAUACCAGACUCCGUCUAGCAUAAGUCCCUCCCUUGAGUGUUGGAGUUGCUCCACCCACUGCCACCACCCACCAGUUGUGCACGAAGCAAGCAUCACUUAAGCGUCUCCCACAUGGGUCAAACAUGUAUUUAACUGGCUGGAUAAAAUUACAGUAACCGCCUCCCAGAGUGUGCCAGACUGGCACUUCCAGCUAUGCCCAUCAAAUUUGACUCCAGGUGAAUUAAUAGUUUCUGUCCAGUCGUUAAUUUAAAUUGGCUGUCUCAGUACCUUCAGAAUGUGUUUCAUCCGUGUCAAGCAGCCAGGGGGCAGCUCUGCCUUGGUGAGGAAGGCCCAGUUAUGAUAUGCAUGUAAAUGCACCUGUAUAAUAGCUGACUGCAUAGACGCUCCUGAACAUUAAUGUCAACCGAUUAACUCCACGCCUACAGUAUGAUAGUUAUGCGCCUUAUUCUUAAUCACCUGAUUUCCUUGUGUCAGUUUACCUCCCUUGGUUGGCAUCACAAUUUUCUUUGAAAUUGUCCCACUGCUGGGUAUUUCUGUGUCUUUUGUAACUGGCUUUCAAGUUUUUAUUGAUGUUUAAUGCUGAACCCGCCUGCGCACGUCUUGGUUAAUGUGCCGUAGUGUCAGUAACAGAAAUUGCCCUCCCUUCAGCUUCGCUGUAGAACAUGAAGGGCCAUUCUUCCAUUGCUUUGCUUUUAAAACUCAGUAACUGCUUACAGAGUUACAGAGCUGUUCAAAGGAACACAUUCAAAGGUAGAAGUAAGGUCCAAACUCCACAGACGGUAUUUCAUUUUUCAGAUGUACACCAUUCCAAAGACCAAAGGAAUUAUAGUCUGUUGACGAAGGAAGUAGUAUCGUUGAAAUUUCUGUGAAAGCAUUACAAAUUGCUUGAACAGUCAUAACCAAGGCUUUGUUGGGUUAUUUUUCAUUGGUUUAAUUAAUUGUUUUGGGAAAGCUUGUCUACAUCAUCAUCACAAUUCUUGCCUAGUUGAAAAUAGCCAAAGGAAGUCACCUGUGGGAAACAACGGAAGGAACGCCUUGUAUUAACUGCCAGUAUGCGCCCCGGUACACUGAGGAAUGUCCCAGAUUGCAGAGAAAUUCCUGUGUAACCACAGUUGGAGGUAUUAUUCAGAAAAAAAACCCAACAAUCAAGGACCAGUUGUAUGGUGUAACAUCUGGCAUAGUGUUUGCCCCGUACUGAGAUGGUUCCCGAGUGCACCUUGAUCUUGUACUGAGAUUCGCCUGUAGGCGAUGCACCUUUAAGCCAGCUUGUAAACCUAUCCCCCUUGCAACUCAUGUUUUCCCAGUUACUCAAAUAUUGUAGAUCCCCCCCCCCAUCUGCCGGGGUACUAGUGCGUGAGCAUUUCAUUAAUGGAAGCAUUCCCGCAGCACACAGAACAGUGGGCAAGAGCCAGGAUUGGAUCCACGCCUCUCCAGGCACGGUCUGCAUACUGUGUAGGAUCAGAAUGAAGAAUAACAGCAGCAGGUAGAACCUUCAUGCUAUGGAAAAAACAAGUGCAGUUUGCCUUCACUUACACUGCGAGGAUCCGAGACAACACAUUUUGACACUCAUUCCACCACUAGAUGUUUUUCAUUUUUCCCCAAGCCCGUUAGAGAUAUAAUCAAAGACACAGACUUUCUUCACAACACAUAUUGUGUGCCCCAAUGUUCCUUGUUUUUUUUAAAUGAGUCUAUUUUCUUAUUAAUGCUGCACAGCAUGUUUACGUCCCAUACAGAAAUUUAUCCGAAGUAAGCAGGCAUUUGUCGGAGAGUGAGUUACCGAAGCUUCUCCAUAUGUUGUAAGGAGAGUUCUCAUCCUUAGCAAUCAUUGAUGGAAUUAAAUCGAUUUGGAAGGUGGCUGUCAUCUGGUACUCGCAUACAUACAUUGAAUCACUGAUACAAAGCCUUCCUUCCUACUCUGCAAGUCUUCAUAACAUCGUACUACCUACUCCCCAUAUUCCCCCCCCCUCAAAAAAGAAAGGAACUCAGCGGUAAAUGGGACAUAAAUAUCACAAUUAAAAAAAAGUAUAACAUUGUUGACCCAGCCUUACCAAAUGAGUCUGAAGACAUUAAGGUCAGUUUAGAAUUAAUGACCAUUAAAAUAAAUUUACACAAUGUACAUGUAUAAAAGCCAAAACCCUUCAACGUCAAAAGACCAUAAUGCUCAUUUUAAUCAGAAAGCCAAACAGAGUGGUACUUCAAACCAAAGAUCUGUUUGCUUUCAUUAGUUUACUAAUGCACACUAACACAAAAUUACUUGGAAAAAAAAUGUCCUCAAAACUCCUUUUUGUGGGAUCUUUUUACAUUUGUGUAUAUUUCAACACAAGUUCGUUCUGACUGAUCAACUGAAUUUGAAUAGUCGUCCGUUUCCAAGAUUCAAUAGGAUGGAGCAAUUCCCAACUGACUGGGCGAAAUCCAGGUCAGCCUUCGCUAAUCGCGGUGCAGCAAUUGCAGGACUGCAUCUUUAUUGCUUGGUUUCUUGCACUCAGGCUUGAGAAGCAGGAAAUGUAAUCGCGUUAUGAACCGUCCUGUAAAGUGUGGAGAGUCCAAGGAAGUACAUGAACAUGUAUGAAGUGUACAAGUUGUAUUCUGUGAUCAGUCAUUGUAAAUCUGGCAUUUUCCCCCUCUGCACAAGGUGGAAGUCUUUUUUGCAGAGCAGUUUUUUCUCUCUUAAUUUAUGAAGAGAGCUUUUAAAUAAGGACAAGCCUGUAAAUAGAUUCUUCUAAUGCUUCGUUGUACUGGAAUAUUCAACAUAACUUUUGUACAUUUUCACAUGGUGUCCAAGCUUUCCCCGUAAUUGUUUUUACUGGACCACAAGCUAGACAAAUAAAAGAAUAAGAGUUUUACACAA